AUGCGGGGAAGGUUCAAAUCAUCCUCAUCCCUGCUUUCAUCCAAACGACCCGAAAGUACCGAAAGUACCCUUUUCUCUAGGGAGAAACCUUUUGGACCUUUUAAGUUUUGUUUUUUAAAUUUCCCUGCUCCAAUCCAGCUGGAGUCGUCGUAUCUUCUCUCCCACGCUAAGCUUGCCCAUUGGCAAAAACUGAGGGACAACCGCGCGAUCUCCAGCCCGCUAAAAUCCAUAAACCCUACCCGCUGCUUCGCUUUGUACACUCUAAAACCCCAACCCACACCUGCAACCUCCCCAAGCAAAAGCACUGCUCUCCUUCUUGCCAUUUCGAGAAAAGCAUCGAGCAGGAUGGCAACCAGGGCAUUUCUAAAGUAUCUGAACGGUCAUACCGAUCUCAGAAAGCUUAAGCUCGUGGUUUAUGGUGGCAUUGGGGUGUAUGUCUGGUCCAACACUUUCUACAGUGUCCAGGGAGGGCAUCGUGCCAUUUUGUUCAAUCGUCUGUCUGGUGUUAAGGAUAAGGUUUAUGGGGAGGGAAUGCACAUCCGCUGGCCAUUUUUGGAGAAACCAAUCCAUUAUGAAAUCCGUGCUCAACCUCAUCUUAUAGAGAGCAUAUCGGGAACCCGCGACUUGCAAACGGUGAAGGUUGUCAUCCGCAUUCUGAGUCGUCCCAUAGCCCCAAACUUGCCAGAGAUUUACCGAACUGUUGGACAUGACUAUGAUGAAAGGGUGAUGCCAUCAGUUGUGCAAGAAGCUAUCAAGACUGUUAUAGCUCGCUACAAUGCCAGUGAACUCGUUACUCAGAGAAAUAAGGUGAGUGAAGAGAUAUGGGAUGUGCUGAAAAAGAGAGCGAUGAUGUUUAAGAUAACUCUGGAUGAUGUGUCCCUAAUCCACGUGAGCUUCGGGAAGGAAUUCACCACUGCGGUGGAGGCUAAGCAGGUGGCUGCACAAGAGGCGGAGAGGGUCAAGUUCGUGGUCGAGAAGGCUGAACAGGAGAAGAAGAGUGUCAUCAUCAGAGCGGAGGGGGAGGCCAAGAGUGCUGAGUUGAUUGGUACAGCUAUGGAGUCGAACCCUUCAUUUAUCACACUGAGGCAGAUUGAAGCGGCGAGAGAGAUUGCACAUACUGUGGCAGAGGGAGAGAACAAGGUGUAUCGUUGCUCGAGCGACUUGCUGCUCAACCUCCGCAAGCAUUAGCUAGAGCUGUGGUGUGUGAUUGUGCUUGGAAUUGAAAAGCAGCAGUAGAGGCUAACUGGGAGAAGGAGAUAUACAUAUUGCCCCUAAUUAGUAUAGUGAUUACUCACAAGGAAUAUCUAGUAAGCAAGUAGUAGAGCUGCGGGCUGGAACUGUUUUAACGUACGUACGUUCUCUUUAUCUGGAUGGUUUCAAUGAGAGGAGGGAGGAGGGUUAAUAUGGUUUAUCGUUAUUAUAUAUGUAGUCAUUAGCUUGACGGCAGACAGGAAUUUGUGACCGCACUAAUUGUUGCUCAACGCUAGAUGGAUAUUAUAUUAUGAUUGAUUCUGUCAAAAUGAGAAGGGGAAGGCAAUAAGAUAGCAGAAUUGGGUG